AUGUCUACGCAAGGGACUGAGAUCAAGGCGGAGACUGGGAUCAAGGAGGAGACUGGGGUCAAGGAGGAGCCAGAGUUCAAGAAGGAGACUGAGUUUAAGGAAGAGACUGAGUUCAAGGAGGAUACUGAGAUGAAGGAGGGCAUGAACGCUUAUGAGGACGGUGGUGACGAUGAGGAGGAAAUCGCUGAGAUGAAGAAGCGGGUCGCGCAGAUGGAGCACGAGGCCCAGAAACUGCGCGAGAUGCAAGCCAGCAUUGAGCAGGAGUCGGAAAAUUUGAAACGAGAAGAUAGGGAGGAAAUCGAUGCCCGGAGCGUUUUCGUCGGAAACGUGGAUUACGGUGCCUCUCCUGAAGAGAUCCAGGCUCAUUUCCAGAGCUGCGGUUCGAUAAACCGCGUUACCAUCCUGCUUGACAAGUACACGGGGCAUCCUAAAGGAUACGCCUAUGUUGAGUUCGCCGAACCCAGCCUUGUCGCGCAGGCCCUCGUUCUGAACGAAAGCAUCUUUCGCGGUGGUCCCAAAGCGCACGAACAUACCUGGCAUGAGCAGCCGCGGUCGGGGACGAGGAGGCUUCCGGGGUCGAGGCUACGGCCGUGGUGGUUUCGCGCCUCGUGGAACCUACCGUGGAGGCUAUCGCGGUCGGGGUCGAGGCUAUGCCCCGUACUAGAUAUGCGUCUCUCCGUGCGAAAUCGUCGACUUUGUCCGCGCUGGGUGAAGGCUGAAGGCGAUGUUAUUGUGGGUUUUGAACAGAUGCAGAACAAGCGUACUUGUAAUUUGUGUCCUUUCCAGGCUGAGUCUUUCGGAGUUGAGGCUAGGGCUCGUCUGUUGGAUAUGAACAGUUAUUCUCUUGUUUGUCUCUCUCCCAUUCCUUUCUUCCUUUUUCUUAUCGUAGCCAGUAUCGUGGUAGGUGGCAGCAGGCGCCCAGGCGGCAACGCCCAAGUGAGGCUCAGCCACGCUAUUGCGUCGUCGCGUAUCGGGCUCACCCGGACCUCGACCGUGCAGGUCCUUUCAUCAAAAGCCAUUGUCGGCAGGAGAACUGAGCCGCUCCCUAUUGUCGUCUCCAAACUGUGCAGCGUUGUUCCUUCAGUCGAGCUCCUCCGGUGGGCACGCGGGGUCUUGCUUUCCCGUGACGGUCACAUCCGUUGCCCGCAGGGCGUCGUCUACCCAGAAUGGGUUCGAAUUUGCCUGCUUAUCGCAGCGGACGGACUGUACAAGCGCGAUGUGUUCCGAUUUCCGGAUCCGUUCGCUGUUGCCACGAUUGGCGGCGAGCAGACUCACACGACCUCGGUGAUUAGGAGGACAUUGAAUCCAUAUUGGAACGAGGCUUUCGAUCUGAAAGUCAAUGAAGACAGCAUUCUCGCGAUUCAGAUCUUUGACCAGAAGAAGUUCAAGAAGAAGGAUCAGGGCUUUCUAGGAGUCAUCAAUGUCCGCAUUGGGGAUGUGAUUGAUCUCCAGAUGGGGGGUGAUGAAAUGCUCACGCGAGAUCUGAAGAAGUCAAACGACAAUCUGGUUGUGCACGGAAAACUGAUCAUCAACCUCUCCACAAAUCUCAGCACCCCCCUUCCUUCGCAAAAUGGUCUACACCGGCCUCAACCUCAACCAGGACUUGUUCCGCAGGUUCAAGCGCCGCAAACUCAACAAGGCUCAAGCCAUGCCGAAUCUUCUUCCGCAGCGAACUCGAACACGGCUCUGGCCCCCUCUCGAGCUCAGUCGUCAACUAGACCAACGCCACCUAAUGGUGCUGCGCAGACGCAGCCUAAUGGCCAUGGACACACUACCCACAGCUCUCGAACCCUCAGUUCCUUUGAAGACAGUCUGGGCAGACUUCCGGCAGGCUGGGAGCGACGCGAAGACAACUUGGGAAGAACAUACUACGUUGAUCACAAUACGAGAACAACAACCUGGACGAGGCCCUCUUCGAAUUACAAUGAACAUGCACAACGCUCACAACGAGAGGCCAACAUGCAGAUGGAGCGAAGGGCUCAUCAGAGCCGAACGCUGCCGGAAGAUCGCACCGGUGCAAGUUCGCCAAACCCGACGGAGUCCCACCAAGCACAUACACCCAGCGGUAGUACCAACAACGUCAAUGCAGUGUCCAUGAUGGCCACAGGGGCGACAACGGCGGGCACCGGUGAGCUCCCUCCUGGAUGGGAACAGCGGACAACGCCGGAGGGACGGCCGUACUUCGUCGAUCACAACACGCGCACCACUACCUGGGUCGAUCCCCGUCGACAGCAAUAUAUCCGGAUGUACGGCCAAAAUGCGAACGGGAGCAACACAACGAUUCAACAGCAACCCGUAUCACAGUUGGGUCCUUUGCCCAGCGGGUGGGAAAUGAGAUUGACGAACACGGCUCGAGUGUACUUCGUGGACCACAACACGAAGACCACGACGUGGGAUGACCCACGGUUGCCAUCGUCCUUGGAUCAAGGCGUUCCACAAUACAAGCGUGACUUCCGACGCAAGCUGAUCUACUUCCGAUCGCAACCAGCCUUGAGGAUCAUGUCCGGCCAAUGUCACAUCAAAGUGCGCCGGAACAACAUCUUUGAGGAUUCUUACGCGGAGAUUAUGCGUCAGAGCGCGUCGGAUCUCAAGAAGCGACUAAUGAUCAAGUUUGAUGGCGAAGAUGGUCUGGAUUAUGGUGGACUUUCAAGAGAGUUCUUCUUCCUUCUUUCUCACGAGAUGUUCAAUCCCUUUUACUGCCUUUUCGAAUACUCCGCCCACGAUAAUUACACCUUACAAAUCAAUCCACAUUCCGGUAUUAAUCCUGAACAUUUGAACUACUUCCGAUUCAUCGGCCGGGUCGUUGGUUUGGCCAUCUUCCAUCGUCGAUUCCUGGACUCGUUCUUCAUUGGAGCGUUCUAUAAGAUGAUGCUGCGGAAGAAGGUGACCCUUCAAGAUAUGGAAGGCGUCGACGAAGAUUUCCACCGCAAUUUGACCUGGACUCUAGAGAACGAUAUUGAUGGCGUUGUGGAGCUUACAUUUUCCGUUGAUGACGAAAAAUUCGGAGAACGUCGCACGAUUGACUUGAUACCCGACGGGCGAAAUAUUCCCGUCACUAAUGAAAACAAGCACAAAUAUGUUGAGUUGGUUACAGAGUGGAAGAUUCAGAAGCGUGUGGAAGAGCAAUUCAAUGCAUUCAUCUCCGGCUUCAACGAACUCAUUCCCCAGGACUUGGUGAAUGUGUUCGACGAGCGGGAGCUGGAAUUGUUGAUUGGCGGUAUUGCGGACAUCGAUGUGGAUGAUUGGAAGAAGCACACCGACUACCGCGGGUACACAGAAUCGGACGAGGUGAUUCAGAACUUCUGGAAGAUCAUCCGCAGCUGGGAUGCAGAGCAGAAGUCUCGUCUGCUGCAGUUUGCGACGGGCACGUCUCGUAUCCCAGUCAACGGGUUCAAGGAUCUGCAGGGAUCUGAUGGGCCUCGACGAUUCACGAUUGAGAAGGCGGGAGAUAUAAAUGCACUGCCGAAGUCGCAUACAUGCUUUAACCGCCUUGACCUACCUCCAUACAAAACCUAUGAGACGCUGCAGCAGAAACUGACCAUAGCCGUCGAGGAGACCUUAGGUUUUGGUCAGGAGUAA